GGCCCGCGGGCGUCUGGAGCGACGUUGGCGCCGCCUCAAGUUUGGAUGUAAAUAUAGCGGCAGUGGGAGAGCCGAACAACAUGCGCCGAGGUUGGCGUGCUUAGGGCCGCCGGCCAUCGUCGAACGCUAGUUAGGCGUCGACGUCGUCCUGGCGGCGGCGGUGACCGGCCCGGUUAUAGUGAGCGGUCCUGGCGCUGUGGAAUGCCGGGGAACGUGAGGACUGGGGUGAACAGUGGUACCGGUCUCAGGCGCAGACGGUAGCGACGGCGGCUGCAAUGUGGCCUUGAGGAGCUCACUCGAGUUGGAGAGAGCUCAGAGGCAGCAGCGACCCGCUCCGAGAAGUAAUGGCGCACCAGUUCUGGUUUGGAAUAAACAGUCCGCCGUGGGCAAGGAAUUCUAAAAACCAGGAGAACCGUCGGACUUCGAAUAUGACAGAUGACAGCGACUCCGUCAAAAUGUCUCCGCCUUCAUGCGCGCCGAUCGCCAGUCUGGACGGUCUGGAGGACCUGCAGAUCUCACGCGGAGAGAGCACGGCCACAGAUAUGGACGCGUCUCCCACCUCCCAGGAGCCGGCGGGAGGCGGCGCCGGCGGCGGCCUGACCGUACCGCGGCUCUCGGCACAGCUCAGUCGACAGAGCUCCAGCGUCGGAUCGUCACAGAACGUCCGGUACCGACCGCUAGGGAAGAGCGGUCUCAGAGUACCCAGUAUAGGGUUAGGGACCUGGGUGACACUGAGUCCCCAGGUGUCAGAUGACACCGCUGAGGAGGUGAUCACCUGUGCCUACGAGAACGGUAUCAAUCUGUUCGACACCGCCGAGUUCUACUCUGGAGAUCAGGCAGAGCUGCGGCUGGGCCGCAUCCUAAAGAAACAGGGCUGGCGGAGGACCGGGUUCAUAGUCAUCACAAAGGUCUACUGGUCCAACCGGGGAGAAGACAGAGGACUCUCUCGGAAAAGGAUAAUAGAGUCGCUAAAGGCUUCACUAGAACGUCUACAACUGGAGUAUGUUGACAUCUUCAUCAUUCAGAAGAUGGAUCCCAAGUGUCCUAUGGAAGAGGUGGUGCGUGCCUGUACCUACUGCAUCAACCAGGGCUGGGCCAUGUACUGGGGAACGGCCAAGUGGACUCCCGCUGAGAUAUUCGAGGCGUACACCAACUGCCGUCAGUUCAACUGCAUCCUGCCUAUCGUCGAGCAGACGGAGUAUCACAUGUUCUGCCGGGAGAAGACAGAGCUCUACAUGCCAGAGACGUUCAACAAGAUAGGUGUGGGCUGCAUGUCAUGGAGUCCUCUGUCUAUCGGACUCGUGUCGGGGAAGAUGGAGGAUGGUCUGCCGCUGUUCACCCGGCCAUCAUUCAAGAGAAAAUACGCCAGCUGGGACGGAAGCGACAACAACAAGCAGAACAACAACGCCAAAAGGGAGGAGAUGUCGCCGUGGAACGCCGACAGGCUGAACGCCGAGGACGGCAAGCGGACGGCGGCGCGACUCCGCGAGAUUUCCCUGCUGGCAGAGAAGCUGGGCUGCUCGGUCACCCAGCUGGCCGUGGCCUGGUCGCUGAAAAAUGACACUGUCGGCUGCGUGUUGGUGGGCGCCGUCAACUGCCAGCAGGUCGUCGAUCAUAUUCAGGCACUGGCGAUCACCGCACGGCUGACGCCAGCGAUCAGCACAGAGCUGGAGCAGAUCCUGGCCAACCGUCCGGUCCGGUUCCUGCCCGCAUCACCGAUCCCCAAGGGCCCCGAGUCGCCGCGGUGAGCGGCCGGUCCCGCCCUCACAGCUGGUCUCCCGGCUGACCUCUACCGUGCUGGCCGACAUGGAGACUGCUCUGGAGAACCGACCCCGCCGGCCUCCGGUGGUCUCCACGCUCGAGCAGAGAUGACAGCUGGCCGAGCUGGCCGGCCGCGCCGCCGGCGACGACCAGCUCGAGACAGAGUCGACCGACCAGCAGCGCCGCUUCUGCGUCAUCCAGUGAGCGCUGCGGCGAGGAGGAUGGCGCGGGAAAGGGAGAGGCGGAGAGGGGAGGUGGAGACGGCGGAGAGGGGAAGGGGAGAAGACGGCGCCGCAUUCGUGUCUAUUCAUGAGGACUGCGGACUGCGGUGGAGGGAGAGUGGAACGGUGGAUUUGGAUGUGGCAGUGGCGACGGUGGCAGUCUCCCAGACUCUGGCUCGAUUUUUGAAGAGCGGGUUUGUGAGUGGUGGGAAAAGGUAUGAUCGGGAACGGGUGUAGAUCGUUGGAUGAGGUCGUUGAUAUUGUUAAAACGACUAGAGCUGGAUAUUUACGAUGAUCAGAGAUGUUAGCCGGUUAUUGGUAAGAUUGGUAUGAGGGAUGCGUUAUUCGUAGGCCUGAGCUCAAUCAUACGCUAGAGGUGUUUGGCAUGUUUAACAUGAACUGAAAGGGGACUGGUGAUGAACGAUAUCCGCCAAAUAUUUCGGCGAGUUAUUAUAUCAGCGUGGUUUAUUUGCUCGUGCAUUUGCAUUCACGCCAGUGUUUGGCGUACAUUUCGCGCCCGAAGCUGUAUGACACCGCUCCUCCGCACUCGCUAGCAUAAGGCAUGGCCGGGCGACCUGUGUCAUCUUCCUCAUCUGAGAUUGUUAGAGGACGAGGUUUGUAUGGUGAUGGACAUUCAUAUUGGGCGCGAGACACUCAUAAAACGGACGCCGAUUACGGCAUAUGAGAGGAACUCAACAGUGACGCUACUGCUCGUGUUCUGUCACCUUUUGGCUCACCUUUGCUGGGUGGCUACAGUGGUGAGCGGCCAGAGCCAGUGACGUCACCGACUGCUCAAUGACGUCACGCCACCUGCUAUAUGAGGGUAAUUGAACGGUAGAGGGCGACUGGUUGCUGGGGAAGCCGUACCCUGGAUUGGUGACUGUAUUUGCGGGUGGUGUUAUGGGCCGCUGUUAUUAAAAUGUUAGGGGAAACUCCUCAUCUGAAGUGGUUACGUUAAAUGUUGGACUCAUUACCGUGAACAGAAUUAAUUUAUCUAUAUAUGUAUAGGCGUCAGGCCGAUGUGUCGAAUAACGGAUAAUGUAUGAUGAAUAUUUGCUUCCUGUCCUGGGCAGAAAGUAUUAAAUUUGUGUACUUCUAUCGGUGAUUUGUGAAUGUUUUAACGGAUUCGAACGAAUGGUGUUGGUUUCGGUUCUGAGAGCCAGGCUCCUUGUCAUAUCGCCAUGAAAAAAUGAGCAGUUAAUGAACGCCAGAGCUGGAACUGGGUGGUCGCCUGCGUGCGCACGUUUUCCUUACGAUAUACGCUGUCUUCUCAUCCGCUUCCCACCUUCACUUCCCUGAGUGCCCGUGAUGACCGGGCAUGCGUUCACCGAAAGGCAUUUGCAAUUACCAUUUUUAACUCUUCUUGCUAGCAGCUGCUCAGUAAACACUUCUUCUUACAUCUAGUUUACACAUAACCACAAGUCGCCAUUAUUGUGCCGAUAUAUGCAUCAUUGACAGUGACGGUACAGAAAAUCCAAUUUGGCUACACUACGGUCUUUGCUGGGUGAAGCUCAACUGUGAUGAUGACAUAAUAUCAAACUGUAUAUUGCUAACCAGUAGAUACCAUGAGCUACCUCUCUCAUGAUAUCUAUGGCUGAGUCGAUGAAAGAUAUUGCGCUGUUGAGCGACGUCAAAGUGACCAUCGCUGCAAUGAAUAUGUUGUGUUUAUGUUUGGCGAUGUAUUACUCGAUUCAGCAUAGUGUAGCAUUCACUGAACAUUUUCUUUGAUUCAGAAAGUGUCUUCGCUUGUUCAAUAAAUACUUGAAUACCA